AUGGGGUCUGGCGCGUCGGCCCUGGCGAGCGAGAUACCUGGCACAGAUCUACGUCUACCCGCAUCGGGACUGCGGUUCACGUCUCAACAGAUUCGAUCUCUCAACUCUUAUGUCGACACGCUGUAUGAAGAGGACCAAAAUGGUCGCAUGUCAACGGAGACCGAGUGCGCAGUUGAGAACCUUGUGCAGAGGAUUGUGGACGGCGCCGGCCAGAGAGAUCCUCGCUUCAAAUGCUGCCAUCUCAUCGCGCUGCAUCGGGAGAAGAAGAUGCGUUCCCGAUCGCUGGAAUACCUGGUGACACUGGACUCUCUGCCAGUGUUGAAUGACGGGGAAGACUGUCGUUUGCUGGAAGGGCCCGUGGGCUACGGCAAGAUCAGGCUGGGUGGCAGGGAAGCGGAUAAAUGGGCUGACUUUCUUACUCCCGCUGGAUAUUUGUGCAGAGAUAAGGUGGUGGAGCGAUGGGUGGAACUAAUCGCCCGCUGCGCGCAGUCUAGGGGUGGAGGGGCAUCGCGUGCGCUUAGUGCGAGCGUGUUGCCUCAUGCGCGUCCGUACACCUACUGCUAUUUGGAAAGGGCGUCGCACCUGGCGGCCCUGGAGCGACGCCUGGCGAUAGUGGAGGGCUGCGCGUGGGUGAUGGUGCGAGCGGGCGCGGGCGAGGCGGAAGCCAAGCUGAUGCUGGCAGUCGGCGUCGCGGGCUGCAGCGCCAACGCGUACACCACGCGAGUGCCUUUGACGCAUCCGCUGGCUUUACUGCAUUAUACUGGUGCUCAAGGAGGUUACUACGCAGCGGCAGUAGGUCCCCCAUCAUCAGUGGUGAACGCUGAUCGAGCAUCCACAUGGCAACUGUGGCACCCCGCCUUGGAGGCGACCCUGGACUCUCAUGCCUCACAUCUGUCCUCUAUAGCCAAAAUUGCUGGCGCUCUCAACAGCUUGGUGGAUAAGAUGCGAGAAGGCUACUUCCAGGGGUCAGCACAGCUCCUGAGUCGGUACGCGGCCUGGUGCGCGUACCGAAGACGUUUGGACCGCUGCGCGUUGUACCGAAGUGCAGCAGCGAGAGCCUGCGUGUCUUCGCACGCUGCCCAUCAUUUGCUGCUUAUUUUGGAUAAUCUUUUGAACGUGUGUGAGCGCGGCGGAGUUGCUGGCUACGUGUACGCUUCUGAGAGGGGCUCGCUGGUGCGGCGCGCAGCUCGCGACACUGACUGGUCUCAAGACUCCACUGCGAUUAGGAACUGCCUGCUUUACCUGCACAGGAUUGCUGUGGGCGAGGAGAUUCCUCAGUCGCCGUCAGAGAGACUCGAAGCCGCGCUGGUGGGGCGCUGGGACGCGCUGUCAGCGGCGCCCACUGGUGGGGGAGUGGGCAGCUUUUCCAGGAACCAGUUCACGUACCUCAACAGACUCGUCAAGGAGUUGAUUCUUUGCAAGAAUAUGGUAACUUAUGAUCACCACAGCACAUUCCACGCCAACCUCCUGCAAGCCACAUCACAGUUCCAGGAGAGCAUAGAACAGCUAAUCCACAUCCUGGCGAUCCUCUUGGACCAGGCCCGGGAUAUUUACUUCACGUUGCACGCGCGCUCGCAAGCUGUGGGGGAAUUCGAUAGAGAACUAGAAGUAUAUAGAUCGAAGAAAUGGAGCAAACUCAAGGACUACUAUGACGCUUCGUCGGCAUGCCUAAUCGCUGCCGUCCGAAGGGACCCGGACCUUCGGAAGGAAGACCUGACCGACGACCUGACGGUCAUAAAGAAUGUUCUGCACUGGCUUUACAAAGGCGCAAAAGAUGACAAAAAAUACCUCGGACCAGUACUGAAGCCAUUCCUAAACGACUUGCAUACCACAACUGCCGAAAACUCUUGGUUCCUCGAAGAUUUCGAGGCUAAGAAGUGUACGGGAGAGUUCGAGGGUCUCAAGGCCUACUGCCUGAGCGUCCACGAGGGUUCGGAGCCGUGCGUGGGGCUGCUGGAUGCUGCCAAGAAGUUUACAUGGGCAAAGGCGUUGGUUGACCUCGUAGACAGAUAUCGGCAGUAUGAAUUCCGUCUCGUAUUCCCAACGGGCGAAGGUCUUGCGGUCUCGUACCCAGUGAAGCUGCCUUCGCGGAGGGAGCACAGGUCGGCGCGAAUGCUGACGCUGAGCAGGCGAGACAAGGCAGAGGCCAAGCUGAGACUGGCGAGGCGAUGUGUGCUGGCGGCCUUCACCUCUGUUUUAGUGGGCAGGCAAGAAUCAAAACAAAUAUCAAGACACGGGAGCACAGAAGAAAUUCUGGCUAGCGUCCAAAACGGCAGCUACUGGAGGAACGCUACAAAACCUGACAUCAUUCCUUCCAACCAGGACCCAACCGUUCCAGACCUUCCUAAAGUCAGACGAAGGUCUAGGCGGAGAAGACCAGCCACAUCACACGGCUUUCCAGAAAUUUCCAUCACAAGCCAAUCAGAUACAAAGACGUUACGAAGGAAGUAUCAUACGUUGAAGAGUCUGGUUUAUACGGAACCGGUGGAGAGUAUAAGAGAGUUGAGAGAGAGGCCGCGGUCUGCUGGCUCUACUGUGAGAGAAAAGGAUGCAUUGACCAGACCCAGUAUUCUCGAGACUUUGGACUUCAUAAAUGGAGUGAAGGAUGCUUUGUGUGUGGAAGAAUCUGCAACAUCGGAUGCCGAAGACGGGGCGUGGUCUGUCCAAGACGAGUGGGUGAUAGGGCAGGCGGCUCCCUUAUCUCUUAUCGCGAGUCGCUGCGGCGGCGCUGUGCAUCUCGCGCUGGGAGACCUGUUGCAUGCACUGCUGCUGCGAGGGAAGUUCACUAUCCUCCAGGAGUUGUGCGCGUGGCUGGGCGAGUCUAGUGACGGCGCCUUGUUCGCGCUGCACAGACUGUCCCGCUCCGCUCGAGCUCGCUCCACGGAACGUGCCACUGACUUGUGGAAACUACCAGAGACUGAUAUAGGACUACACGAUGCUCCACAGAGGUAUCGACCGAAGCCCCCAGACUAUAUGUCCGGUGACGAGGCACCACAGCCACCCCCGCUGCCAAGACAUUCCAGUCGAGAUAAGAAGUUAAACGUUAAACGCUACCCAGAUAUAUCACCACCAAUCCAGAAAAUGGAGUUCGACAUGAAUCAACUACAACUAGUCCCAUCUCGACUCACCCAAAACUCACCUAACCUGCUAAAUCACACCCAGUACACGGGGAUAAUCAACCCUAUAUACGACAUAAAGAUACCUAGAGACAAAUUUACCGUAAAAAGAACGAAAUCCCUAGGCAGGACAUUCAGUUCUAGAAAUUUAGGACUAGAAAUAACUAGGUAUAACCUUACUUUAGGUCAGAGAAAUGGUAAGAGAACUAAUGACGUAGUUACAGCUAUAAAUGAAACUACGGCUGAAACGGGUCUAGAUGUCAAGAGUCAUUUCUUUCAAAGAUACAGUACGACUAAUGUUGUAGGUGAUUCUUAUAGGUUGAGUAGGAUUACUAUUGAUUAAAAGACACAUAUCAGACACCGACGCCUCUAGAUAAACCAAAGGAAAAA